GCUAGAUAGCAUCUCUUUCAGUUCUCAUUUCCUUCUCCUGAAAAGAACCAAGAUCUCCCCUUCUGUUGAGCAUUCAUGGCAUCAAUGCGUUGCUAUCAGCUUGUCUUCCUAACUCAAAUCUGGUGUGGGCUUCAUGCAGUAGCUGAUGUCCGACAAGAAGUUGAGGCAACAUGUCAUGAAGAUGCUUUUCUCCCUUGUAAGGUUUCCCAGGAUCUACAGCUCACAACCGGAACAGUCUCCUGGUAUAAGAUUGAUGAAAACAACAAAGGACUGAAGGGUGUGGAAUAUAAUAAAGAACAUUCACAUUCAAGAGGAUUUAACGACUCCUUAGAGAUUUCUAAUGGCACCUGGCAUUUUCUGAAGAUUAAACAUGCUACACACUUCAAUAGUGGAGCUUAUAAAUGUAUCUUAUUGGCACCAGUCAGAGAAUACAACCAAAGUACUAUUAUACUCAGAGUAAUAGGCUGUCCAGAGGAAUUGCAAAAUCUGAAACUCAAAAAAUACACAACAGAACUUGUCCUGCUGAGCUCUAUUGGGAGCUUCUAUUUGUUACUUAUCAUCCUUACUUGUACAUGCAUAAAAGAGAGAAGAUCUGUUCAACAUAGAUCUGAAAAGCAAACUCUACCUUUAUAGUACCGGUUGAAAGAAUGAUUUCUAUUAUCCAAUAUUGAACAGCAUUGGUAAAGACAAUCUUAUCAGUUAAUUUGAUGAUGCUAUCAAGGCUCUUUCCUGAUGAUUUGAUGGUGCUACAAGAAGCUCAUCAAUAGUACUAUUUCAUCAAAUAGAUAUUGUCACAAUACUGUAGAUGAAGGAUAUGAAGUGCAUAAUUGCCUCAGUCUGGUACUCUUUAGGUUGGAACUACAAGGCCUCACAUUUCACGGCUGAUGAGUAUUUUGUGACUCAUCAGGAUUAUCAGAUGUAGUUUCAGAUCUGUACAAAAAUCCAAAUGUCCCUCCCCACCAAUCAUUGACAUUUCUGGAUUUGUGUACAUGAUUGGUGGCUUUUAAUUGCACCAGGUUCUAGAUUCCUCCAGUUAUUAUAGUAAGGCAAACAAGAACUAUCACAGCAAGAAAAAACUCAAGCUCAGAAAUUACCCAAUGACUGAAAUCUCAUCAACUGGGAUCUCAAUUCCCUGUAUAGAUUUGAAAUAAUUUCUGACAAUGUGCUCUGUAUUGUAACAUCUACUUAGUAGAGGUAAGAAAAAAUUCAGAGAACAUUACAAGUAUUCCUCAUUCAAUGACCACUUGUCCAGCAACUGUUCAAAGUUAUGAUGGCAUCGAACAAGGAGACUUACCACAGGUCUUUGUACUUGUGGUCACUGGAGGAUCUCCAUGGUCAAAUGAUUGCACAUGGCAAUCAGCUUGCAGUUACAAUGGUUGCAGCAUCCUGUGGUCACCUGAUUGCUGUCUUCGAACAAGCAAAGCAUUGGGAAAACCAGCAGGAGUUCCAAAUAGUGAUGAUGUGACAUCCUGCCCAAUGACCAUGUGGGAUUUACUUAAUGAUAGCAGCUGGAAUUGCCACAAUUGCUGUUGUAACUUGCCACGUUCAUGUGAUAAUGCACUUCCAACUGUGCUGGAAUGGUUAAUGAAGGAACGGCCAAUCCCAAUUAUUGUUAAGUGAGGACUACUGUAUUUUACUUCCUACAAGAUGAAUAUACAUAACUUUCAUAGUGUUGCUAAGUGUAUCGUCUUGUUUUCUGUUUUUCUUUUUAAUUUACAAACAAUAUGCUAUAAUGUUAUAUGGUGCUUUAAUUUAGCAAAUAAAUAACUGAUUGAACCAUCAGUUUCCAUAACCAAAUAUAACAGGAACUGCAAUAUACAGUUGCAAUUUGAAAUGUUUCCUUCAUGAGCUGGAGAACAGGAAGAAACUUUCCUGAAGUGUUUGAUAUAUGUGUACUCUAUGGCACACUAUUUAUUUGGGGGUAUGCCAAAUCAAUCUGUUACCUACUGAAAUUGUAGUGUUCAGAAAAAUGCUCUUCUCUGCACUCUUUCUCGUGUCUCAACAUCUUUUUUACAUCGUGGUGACCAAAACUGGAUGCAGUAUUCCAAGUGUGGCCUUACCAAGGCAUUGUAAAGUGGUAUUAACACUUCACGUGAUCUUGAUCCUAAAUCUCAUUAGGGUCAAGGUUGCAGAGCAAAGCAGAUGUAGGGCAUCUGUUUGGGGAAGACUGACUCAGUCUUACUUGACAAUAUUCUCUCAUGGAAGCAGAAGGAAGUAGCUUUGAGUGGAAAUGCAAAGAAUUAUGUGGCAAACCUUGCCAUAGUGUAAUAAAGUUUUCCCAGGGUGUUGAUUUGAUGAGGCGUCAUUCAUCAAUCAGGAGAGCCUUCAGCAUGGCUUGUUGCCUGACAAAAGUGAAAAAGGCAAAAUAAAUAGCAGAAGGUGGAAAGUGUGGUUUUAUUGUCAGAUGCAUAAACAUGGAAUUUCCAAAUGAAAAAACAACAUUGCAAUUCUAUGUAUCGUAUUCAAAAAUAAAUCUCACUAUAUUCAUUGGAGCUUAUUCUUGUGGAAGAAUGCUGAAGACUGGGUGCUUAUUUGUCAUUUCUCCCUGGUGAAACUAUUGCUAAUAAUUGUUUGAGUAUAAGUAUAUAAGUUGUAUUUCUCCUUAGUUCAUUGCUAGAAAUUAAUUUAAUAAAAUUGUGGUUUAAGUGC